GAUGGCUGCCGGCGAGGAUGGCGCUAGCAGUAAUAUCGUGGUUCGGGUUUAUCAACUUGUAUAUGGUGCGCAUCAACUUGUCUGUCAUAAUUGUGGCUAUGGUCCGCCGCAACUCAUCCACCUUCACCGCCCCCUGCCUCCCUCCACUCAACACCUCUUUCUACGGGGAGAGUGUUGAGUCUCUUACUGACAAAACAACGCUUCCGAACGAUGGAAUGGAGGGAGAGAUGGAGUGGAGCGAGACGGUACAGGGUCAGGUCCUCGGCGGCUUCUACUACGGCUAUGUCUUCUCCCAGAUCAUCGGCGGUCGGCUAGCGGAGAUGUACGGGGCGCGAUGGGUGUUUGGUGGAAGUAUCCUGGCUGGUGGAGUGUCCGCCUUCCUCUCUCCAGUGUCCGCCCGCCUCCACUACGGAGUCCUUAUUGCUGUCAGGGCUGCCCAGGGCUUUUGUCAGGGAGUAUCGUGGCCAUCUAUGCACGCCCUCAUUUCCCGAUGGUUCCCGCCCCAGGAGCGACCCCGUUUUGUUGGAAUGGUUUACUUUGCGACAUCCCUUAGUACCGCGGUGACGCUGCCUCUGUGUGGUGUCAUCAUUGACGCCUACGGUUGGCCUGCCGCCUUCUACCUGACUGGAUGUUUCUCUAUCUUGUGGUGCGUUUGUUGGUUUACCUUCAUGUACAACACUCCAUCUGAACAUCCCAGGAUCAGUCACAAUGAGCUGGAGUACAUAACCACGGCAGCAGAGAAGAGCGGUACAUGCAACCAGAGGAGCGGGUGGGCAGUACCAUGGCGCCGAAUGUUCAGCAGCCUGCCCGUGUGGGCCAUCAUUAUAAGCGGUGUGGGCAGCAAUUGGGGAAUUUCCCUUUUCUACAGUCUACUGCCCACUUACAUAAAGAACAUCCUCGGUUUCUCAAUCAAGGCGAAUGGCGCUCUGUCCUCCCUGCCCUUCCUCUCCCGGUACGUGGGUGCUAUCGUGUCGAGCAUCUUGGGGGACUAUCUCACCAGCACUGGUCGCUUGUCAGUCCUCGCCUCGCGCAGGAUCUUUAGCGUCAUUGCCUUGAUGGGGCCAGCUGCGAUGUUGCUGGUGGUGACCUACAUAGGAUGCAACUGGAUGGCCACUAUGGCCCUCAUGUGCGUGUGUCUCUUCUGCAAUGGUGCCGUUAGUGCCUCGAUUAUGGUGAACCACGUCGACAUCGCUCCCACUUUGCAGGCACUCUCUUCGGGAUCGACAACACGGUGGGGAGUAUAAUAUCGUUCAUUGUACCCGGAGUAGUCGGCGUCAUGACGGAUGGCCAGCAAACACUGGCACAGUGGAGGAAGGUGUUCUGGACGUGUGCCAUUGUACGCCUUCUCUGAUGUCUUCUACCUCAUCUUCUGCUCGGCCUCUGCCCAGCCCUGGAACAAAGACGGCUUGGAACAACACACUGAAAGUAAUGCUGAAGUUCUACAAGAUGGCAGUCAUUA